CAUGAUUUUGGUAUGCUAAUGUCAUGGUAAUUUUUCUUCUCAACCCCUGACCCUGCAAUUCGAAAUAUAACGUUAAAGGUUUAGAGGAGUGUUGAAGGCAUAAUUGUAUAUGACUGGUGCAUUUGGAUAAGGAAUGAGACCUUUCUAUGGCUUUUGACCAUAUUGACCAGAAUUAUUUAAUGGAAAAAAUUAACAAAAAGAUAAAACAUAUGACCCUAAUCCAAAAGUAGAAAAUUCAAAUUUUGUUUCUUUGUACUGGAAUAAAGAAGAAAAGCCAUGUCCAAAAAUAUAGGCAGUGAAGGAGGGCGAAGCAGAAGUGCAGGCAGUGCAAAGCACUCGUCAACACUUGCUCCAGCCCAGCAACGGGAUCCUCCUCCUCCUCCUCCUCCUACAAUAAUAAAGGAAAGACAGACAAUUAUCAUUCAAGAAGGAGCAAAGAAGCCUGGCGUUUUUGGACAGAUGGCAGCAACCUCAGCAGGCGUAUCUCUCGGUUCUUCUGUUGGUCGUGCUAUGGGAGAGAAAAUAACAGAAGGGUCCCACAAGGAUCCACCGCAGCAGCAGGUGCCCCCUGGGCCAUGCUCGAAUGAAAUCGAGCAGUUUAUCCAGUGCACGCAGAAUAAUGAUGACAUCGGUCUCUGCCAGGGUUUCAACGAAGCAAUUAAAGAAUGCAAAAGGAGAAGUGGCCUGAGAUAAGCUUUCCAUGAGCAAAGAAACAAAAUUAAAAAAUAAAUUAAAACAAUUGUGUUAACUACUUGCUGCAUUAAUUCAAGAAAUUCACAUAAAAGAAAAUAAAUUAAGAGAACUAGGAAAAGAAAUCAUCUUAUCUUGGAUCCCCGUGUGGUUGUUGGCAUAGACUGAAAUUAAAAAACUGACAAAGUAGCCAAAUGAACUGCAGGGAUGCUACAUGAUCCGGCAAUGCGAAUUGUUUAAAGGUGUUGAUUGUUAAUAAUAGUUUACAAGACAAGUGGGUGCAUUUAAAAAAAAAAUAGCAAUAAGAAAAAUAAACAUAUGACCCUAAUACAAAAGUAGAAAAUCCAAAUUUUGUUUCUUUGUGCUGGAAUAAAGAAGAAAAGCCAUGUCCAGAAAUAAAGGUAGUGCAGGAGGACGAAGCCACAGCGCAGGCAGUGCAAAGCACUCAUCGACACAUGCUCCAGCCCAAAAACGGGCUCCUCCUCCUCCUCCUCCUCCUCCUCCUCCUCCUAAAGUGAUAAGAGAAAGGACAGUCAUCAUUCAAGAUGGAGGGAGGAGGCCUGGCCUUUUCGGACAAAUGGCAGCAACCGCAGCAGGUGUUGCUGUCGGUUCGUCUGUUGGCCAUGCUGUGGGAGAGGCAAUGACAGGAGGGUCCCACAAAGAUCCGCCGCAGCAACAACAGCAGCAGCAGGAACCUCCUGGGCCAUGCUCGAAUGAAAUUGAGCAGUUUAUCAAGUGCACUCAGAAUAAUGAUGACAUCGGUCUCUGCCAGGGUUUCAACGAAGCAAUUAAAGAAUGCAAAAAAAGAAACGGCCUGAAGUAAGCGUUCCAUGAACAAAGAAACAAAAA